AUGCCACGGAAGUUGGAUAAAGUGUCCCACUUGAUGCGUGGUCAAGUGGGGAUGUCCAUGAACGUUCAGAACUUGUUCAACCUUUACCGAAAGAAACCGCUCAGCUACCACGGCAAGACGCUAUAUCAGCAGAAAUGGGCAGCCAAAGCGGAAACGAGGGCGUACCACGGAGACCAGUUGAGAGAAAAGAGGUUCAAAAAGGUGUUGUUUGAGCCCGAGCUCAAGACCAACUCUCAGUUGGAUGCAUCUUUGAAAGGAGAAGAUGUCGCGCCGACUCCAAUCACUUUGCAAACGUAUGCUGUUCUCGAGAAGAGGUUGGAGUUUGCUUUGUUCAGGAGUAUGUUUGCUUCGUCGGUUAGACAGGCUCGUCAAUUCAUCCUUGGUGGCUAUGUCAAGGUCAACGGAGUUACGAUCAAGCAUCCUUCGUUCCCAUUACAGAGCGGAGACGUAUUUUCGGUUGAUCCCGAGCGUGUGCUCUUUGCCUUGGGAAGAACAAAGCCAAACUUGAAAAAGGCAAUCAGGGUGGAUAACCAGCAGAUUGCCGCUUGGAACGCUCAUGUUAAACUUGCAAAAGCCAAUCCGGAAGAGUUUUGGAAAAAGCAACAAAACAAGCUUGCCUCUUUGGACGACGUGGCCAAUCUCAAGUUGCAGGAGAGAGAACAGAGAAAAGAGCUGGUACGGGAUAAGGAAAUGAAAAAGAAGCAGAAUGAAACAACCAAAAACACGGUUUUGAAGGACAUUGUUCUUCUCGGCAAUGCCGCUGCUGCCGCUGCUGCUGAUGCGACUGCGUCUGGUGUCUCCGUUCACACAUUCGAAAAAUACGGGAAAAAUGCAGAUAGCAAGUGCCUCCAGGUUUACCAGAUGCUAUUGGAAAACAAAAGCCCGCUUUUGGAGGACGCUUCCGACGCAGCCAUCGACAAGUUUUUCGCCAAGGAUGUCGAAAGGACGCCAGACGAGACCAGGUCGGUGAGAAAAGUCAUCUCCAUAUUGAAAGAAUUGGAAAAGAGCGAAUGGGACAGGAUACGGGGCGCUCAAGACGAGUUUGUCGACAAAUUUUACCAUCCUUCUUUGAUUGAGAAGCUCACUCCAAAGCCAUUGUUGGAUGCAGAAAAGAUACUAGAGGACCCGUCGACUGCAAAAGUCGACUUGCAAUGGCAGAAAGGUCUCUUUGGCAGAAAAGACCCUUCAAAGUCAUACUUUACUCCAUGGACUCCACGACCAUUUCUCGGCGCGUUUGCCAUCUUGCCCUCCCACAUUGAGGUCUCGUUUGAUACCUGUCAUGCCGUGUAUUUGAGGGACCCCGUUGCCAGACCUGGCCACUCAGAAGUUAUAUCUCCUUUCCCCGACCAUGUGCAUGAAAGAGCUUACAUGUAUUAUAUCAAGAAAGGUGCUUAA